AUGGCCACCGCAGCAAUCAGAAUGUCGCUCAUGACCGGACGCGCCGUCCCACGCGCAUGCUUCGCCAGGACCUCAACCACUACUUCGACCAUCACACCCGGAUCCCGACGCCUCUUGACAACCUCGUCCCCCGCCAAGAACGCUCAAGCCAACAGCUCCAAGGCUGCCGGUGAACAGCAGCACGAGACCAUGGACUGGAACACAUACUUUGCGCUCCGCAAGACCCGUCGCAACUACGAGCGCGCCUUCAUGGUCCCCUCGGCCCUUGUCAGCUUGCUCGGUGCUGGAUACUUCUUUGCUCAGAGAGAUUUCGACCCUACUCCCAUCUUUGGCAUGGACCAGGUUAUCGUCUACGGUAUCGGCACAGUUGCAGCGGGUCUUAUUGGAUUGGCUAUGGGUCCCGUCAUCGGAAACAGUAUCUUCAGAGCAGCCAAUUCCAGAGCGAAGCCCCUUGUCGACAGAAUGGACACGGAGUUCCUCAAGCACAUUGCCAGGAACCGCGCUGACCCUGCAGCCAACUCUAUCAGCAACCCUAUUCCAGACUACUACGGCGAGAAGAUCAAGUCUGUGAGCGAGUACCGCUCGUGGUUGAGAAAGCAGCGCGAGUUCCGCCGCAAGUCUACAUUCUACGUUUAA